AUGGCCAAAACAAUCAUCGUGACAGGAGCAUCUCGAGGCCUUGGGCACGCCAUCGCCAAGUACCUGCUGUCAGCACCCCAGUCGCACAAUGUGGUUGUGCUGGCCCGCAGUGUCGAGCCUCUGCAAAAGCUGAAGGACGAGUACAAGGGCCAAGUAGAGGUUGUACACGGAGAUCUGUCGGACUUUUCUCUCGCUCAAAAAGCCGUCGAUGCGGCCAUUAAAUCAUUCGGCCGGCUCGACGGAUUGGUCCUCAACCACGGUGUCCUAGGUCAAACUGGCAAGGUUGCUGAGACUGAUGUCGAGAACUGGCGUUCCGCUUUUGACAUCAAUUUCUUCAGCUUGGUGGCUUUUGCCACUGCGGCACUCCCAGCUCUCCGCAGCUCCAAGGGAAACAUCGUCUUCGUCUCCUCUGGUGCGGCAGUGAAGAAGUACCGCGGUUGGGGUAUCUACGCGGCCAGCAAAGCUGCUUUGAACAACCUCGCCCAGACCAUCGGAUGUGAAGAACCAGAUGUUACAUCCUUAGCAAUUCAACCUGGAAUGGUUGACACCGAGAUGCAGCGAGACCUACGAGAGAUGCGGGGCACUACCUUGGAUGCCGAGAUGCACUCGAAAUUUACCGGAGCUCACGAGGGCGGCUUGUUGCUCAAACCUGAGCAGCCAGGCAACGUGAUCUCCAAGCUUGCUCUGAAUGCACCCAAAGAGCUUACCGGCAGCUUCCUAGCAUGGAACGACGAGGCUCUCAAGGAUUUCCAGGAGUAG